UAAAUGAAAAUAGAACGUCUAUCACAAGUCCUCUUCUAUCCAAGGUCUUCAUCGUUGGUUUCCGCAAGUACAAACUCGCCAAAAUAGCCAUCGACGACUUCGUCAUGACCAAAUUCGACGGAAACUGUCCAGUGUUGCCAACUCAUAACGAGGAUAUAUCUUGUGACUUCUCGGAAGACCAGUGUGGCUGGACAAACGAUCCAGACAACCAGAUUGAUUGGAAAUACAAUGCCGAGGCCCACGAGAUGUGGCUCGACCCGGCGGAUGUGGGAGACAACUACAGGGUCGGCAGCUUCAGGAGCCCCGUGGUGGAGGUGGGCGACGGAGAUGCCCUUUGCUUCACGAUGACCUGGAAGAAGGAGGACCAGGUCGAUGCCGCGCUCUCAGUCAAGCUUUACAGCGAGAGCUUCAUCGAGGAGGAGACCCUGAUGGCGAUCCACGACGGCUUCUCGGGCGAGUACAGGAACACGAGCGUCGAGGUCACAAGGGCGGGGAAACACCACUUCGUCGUCACGGGUCUGGUGAGUCCGCGCUGGGAGGGCGUCAUGCGGUUCAGCAGCGUCUCCGUGACCGAUGCGCCCUGUUCGGAAGUCGUGGUUCCAGGAGGACUCGCCUGCGACUUCGAAAACCCACAACAAUGCGGCUUCCACACGUCCCUUCCCGGAGACACAGCGAAGUGGACAUGGGGCUCAGGCACACCUUCUCUUGACCACACCCUCGACGCUAUGGAUGGUCACAGCAUGUUCAUCGCAGUGAAUGAAGUAGGGAGUAACCAAAUAGCACAUUUAGUUACUCCAUCUAUCAUGCCCUUGGAUGAGUACUUGUGCAUUACCUUCUGGAUAAACAUACAAGGCGCUCAGUCCUCUAGACUUACGAUGUACUUAGAGCAAGGGGGACUCAACAGCCUCCCGCUCUGGACGAAGCAGAAGUCCUUCGGCGCGGAAUGGCGCGGCGCCAGAGCCAGCACCUGGGUCGAUGUUUCUCAGAAUUUGACGGUGGUCUUCGAAUUACUAACGGACACGGAGAUAAUCUUCGAGAACGUGGCAGUGGACGACGUGGUGAUCACCCCAGGGAGUUGUCCGGAGCCCGUGACUUGCAACUUCGACGAAGACCUCUGCCUGUGGACGCAAGGACACCUGGACAUGGUCAACUGGAAGCUUGUUGACAGUCAGGGUGAUCUUCAUGACCAUACGUCUGGCAACGGCUAUUUCCUGGCCCUGAAGACAGGACCCCCGGCAGCACCUGGGGACAUUGCGGUGCUGGACUCCGAGCCUGUCACGAUCGCGGACGUCGCCUGCCUCUCCUUCUGGUACAACAUGUGGGGCUCGGGUAUUGAGCACCUCAAUGUACAACGCCAAGAUGGCGAAACUAUGCUCACAUCCCUAUGGAAGGUGGAAGGAGCGAGCACCCACAACGAAUCGGAGUGGCAGUACGCCAGCUUACCUGUCUACGGCAGCUCGAGCGAAUUUUUGCUGAGGCUCCAGGCUGUGUUAUCACGCGCAGACGAGGAGGACCACGGAACGAUCGCCGUGGAUGACAUGGUCCUUGUGGCGUCCGUCGAGUGCGCCUACGAACCCCCCGAGGCUGAGAUCCUGCCCCCCACCGCCCGUCCGCCCACGCCCAAGCCCACACCCACGCCGGGUUUCCUGCAAUCCUGUGACUUCGAGGAUCACAGUGAGCCCUUCUGCGGGUGGACCGAUAUCUCAGCCAACGAGGAUUACAAGUGGACCAUUGUGAAGGGAGCCCUUGGCGUCGAGGGCAUUGGCCCAGUAUCCGACCAUACUACGGGGUCCGGCCACUACGCCUCCGUCAGCAGAGGACCGGACAUGGAUCAGGUCAACGACGAAAUCUCCGUCCUUCAGAGCCCCGAACUUCGAGACAGAGAGGACGACUGUUUCCUCUUUUGGUACUUCCUGUGGGGCCAGUCCACGCACCUGUCUCUCAAAAUCAACGGCGAGGAGCAGUGGUCGCGCUCCGGCAGCCAAGGGAACAAGUGGCUCCCCGCCAAGGUGGUGCUUGACCACAGCGACGCCCAGUGGCUCCUGACCCUCGAAUCCAAACUGGGAGCCGACCAUGAGGACGUCUACGUGGCCAUCGACGACUUCCUCUACUACGAUUUGUCCUGCGAAAAUGUUACUGUCGUGGGGUCGUCUGGAAGGCAGUGCGACCUGGAGGAGGCAGACCUGUGUGGCUGGAGUCAAGUGACCGGCGAUGACGAGGCGGAUUGGCAGUGGGUGAAUGGAACAACGGGAGGACUAGCGAUCGAUCACACGUACGGCACAGAGACCGGCCAUUUCCUGCAGCUUGCUUCAUCUCAGAACGGCGUGAUCGAGCACCAGCGAGCGGCUAUAGAGAUCCAGCCGUUCCUUAUGGACAGGAUGGGAGAUUACUGCUUCCAGCUCUACUACACUCGCUUUGGAGGAGCUUAUAUCGGAUACUUGAAGGUUAUGGUCGUCUUCGCGGGCCAAGUCUCGCCGUUCAUCGAACUCUCCGACCAGAUUGGCGUCACCGAGUGGACUCUCCUGCAGCAGACUUACACCAACCUCGUCCCCAACGCCACCGUGGGUUUCUUUAUCGAGGGGGAGGUGGGCGUGACCGACCCUGACUACGGCGAGUCCGUGGUGGCUGUGGACGAUUUCUCUCUCACCAACAGCGCGUGUCCUAGACCUGGGGCAUGUGCCUUUGAAGACGCCAACCUCUGCUCGUGGCACGUCGAAGCGAGCGAGGACCUGGCGUGGCAGCUGACGGACGGCCAGGAAAGCCACGACCAUGGCCCUCAGACUGACCACACGACGAACACCAUGACAGGUGGCUACAUGAUCGUCGAGGACUCCGGGGAACAUCUGGGGAUGUCGACGGCCCUUCGUGAGCGAACGGAUCCCCGUGGACGUGUACGGAUUUUGCUUCUCCUUCUACUUCUCUCUCAGUGGGGACCCCGACGCCAAGCUGAACGUGUCCGUGCGCACCGACCAGGGCAAGGAUCUCCUGUGGGCGCUGUCAGGGGACCAAGGGCAAGACUGGGUCUACGGCCAGGUGGGAAUCCCCGGGUCCUCAGGAAGCGGCGAGUUCGAGCUCGUUGUGGAGGGCGUCACGGGUUCCUUCGCCGAUGGCUGGAUCGCCGUCGACGACCUCAACACUCUGACUGGCGAGUGCGGGAUGCAGCCUCCGAUUGCCACUCCCACGGCCAUGCCUGCUACCACGCCUUCGCCAGUCACCGUCAUCUUCGAAUGCGACUUCGAGAUCAAUAAAUGCAACAUAGAGCAAGCCACGUCCGACGACUUCGACUGGGAAUAUCAACACACUGAGGACGACUUCGAGCUGCCUCAGGGCGGGUACCUCUUAGUAGAUUCUGCAGGCAGGUCUUCCGGCAAUCGAGCGGUUGUCAUCACUCCGGCUGUGAGUUACGUGGGCUACCAGUGCGUCUCCUUCAGGUACGUGUUAGUUACGGUUUGUUUGAAGAAGAUUGUGAAACGUUGAUUUUUUUCCCCAGUAGUAAUAAAACU